UAUAAUAAUAGCGUAUAUUGGACAACAUGGUCAUGGUUUCCCAUCAUAUCCGGUGUGCAUGUAUGUACGUAUAUAUACAACACUCGCCGUCCGCCUCCACCACCACAACAGAGACACCAGCAGCGCGAGCAAGACGAGGACCUGUCACAAUCAAGAAUGGAGGCUUCAAAAGUGUACCGACUACUGGAUGGACGGGUAGAGGAGAAAAGGGGCUCGGAUGAGAAGAACGGCUUCAAAAUAUACCACAUCCAAUGGGAAGAAACAUUAGAUGAAGAAGGAGGCUUCAGAGUAUUCUCCAUCGGCCAACCCUCUAACAUGCCCACUAAGUGCGUGUUGCUGCUGGGGGUAACAGGGGCAGGAAAGACCACUUUAGUUAGUGGGGUCUUGAACAACUUCCUUGGAGUCAGCUUUGAAGAUCCCUUUCGCCUACAGGUGAAAGAGGAAACUGGUCGUGAGAAGACUCAGAGCCAGACAGAUUUCAUUACUGUAUACACUAUUUACUACAAAGAGGGAAUGAAGCACAAGUACAACCUAGUGCUUAUUGACUCUCCUGGCUUAGAAGACACAAGAGCAGCAGAGCAGCCACGUGAUAUAAGAAGCCAAUUUGAAGAAUUUAUCACAUCGGACCUUGGGGUCGAUAAUCUGCACUGUGUUGGCCUUGUUGCUAAAGCUACUACAAACAGGGACUUAAAAUCUGAGAAGGCUGUACUUGAAGAAAUUAUUUCACUGCUGGGAGAAGCUGUUCCUGAAAUCACUCAUAUUUUCGCAACUUUUGCUUGUGAUCAGCCCUUAGUUGAGGCUGUUGUGAGAAAUGCUGGUGUCCAAUACAAAAGCAUGUUCCAGUUUGACAAUGGUAUGCUUUACUCCCCAAUUAAUGCUAGUUCUGACAAGGAACUAGCCUUUUGGUCUUACAGAUGGGACAAAAUGAGAGAGCAUUAUGAUGCAAUGUUUGGUGCAUUAGCCAAUGCUUUACCUUUGAGUUUGGAACUCAUCAGAGAGAGGAAAUACUUUAACACAUGUAAGAAGAAUCUAAAGACACAGAUAGAAAACUUAGCUACUUCAGUAACAGAGAUGGAAAUCAAUAAGAAUGCAUACAACAAAUAUGAGCAGCAAAGAGUUACAAAUAAGGACUGGAAGCAAACGAAACGUGUAGCCCUUCAAAACAAUCAACAAGCAGUCAACUGUAACACGUGCCAGCAAACUUGUGAAAUAUUAAGAUAUGUUAACAAUGAAGUUCAGGAAGAUCAUGAUUCUGACAUAGGUCAUACGCUUGCACCUAUCAUAGGUGCUGUUACAACUCCCUUAGGAGCAAUUGCUGCAGUAGGAGGUGCAAUCUUAGGAACGUUACUUUCUAGGAAGAAGAAAAAACAACAAGUACCCCAUACAUUAAGUAAUGCCGUGUGUGGAGAGAAUGGUUGCUCCCAUAACUUGCAAGAACAUGCCUUAGAGUCUAUGAAAUUACAGACAAACAUUGAUGAAGAUAUGAAAAAACUUUAUGAAGAAGCAGUCUCAAAGACAGAGGAUGCAAAAUCUAAAAUUAUCCAGGCUCAAGAAGAAAUCUUGAGCUGCAGCACAACUAUUUCCCAUACCACUGUAGAGUUAUUAAGUCAUUCAAAGAAAGUAGAGAAGCUGACAAAAAAAAGUUUUCUUUCCACUGAUGACAUAAAUUCUCAGCUCAGGAGUGAAAUCAGCCAGAGUGAGGUUAAUAUUAUUCCUCAAGCAACAAAGUAUAUUGCUAUUCUUACAAAAGCAAUGGGAACACUUGCAUCACAUAGUGCUGAAGAAGUUCUUGGCAAGCAUGAACUUGUUAAGGAAAUGCUACUCGAAGAUUAUGAAGAAUUUUUCAAAUAGAACACAAAGAGUGGCACUGGUCAAAGGAACAAUGUAAUGGACUGCUAUUUUUUGUACAAUGGGUGAGAAGUGUGUGACUGCUUCAGCAUUGUCAUCAGUUAUCACACUGCAUAUCCCAAGUGAACUCCGAACCUUGGAUGGGUGAACACUUCAUGCAUCAGAUGACAUUCAAGCUAAAACAGACUGCCAGUUCCUUAUUUAUUUGAUCACUAACUGAUCAAUUCAUAAAAAUGAUAUCUAGACCAUAUAAGCUGGACUAUAUGGAAGCUGUGAGACAGCACUGCCCAAAAAACACAAGGCUGCCAAUAAAAAACAGUCAACAUGACUCCAAGGUUGUCCAGACUUUACUGUGCCUUGUUCAGAUGUGAAGAUACAGGCAGUGUUUGUUUCAGUAGCCAAACUUGAUACUGGUUUGCCUGUUCACUGACUCAGUCACUGAAAAUGCACUGGUCAAUGAGAACACCCCCUCAAUAAACAGCAUCUGCUGGACAAGUGAGAGGUCCCACAGCAAUGUGGCUGUUCACACAUUUGCAGUACACAGUCCCCUCUCAGAGGCUGCCAAGGUACAUAGUUUCACUUUUCCCCAUGCAUAUCCAAGACAAGGUUUUGUUAAAUAGUCCACAAUAUGAGAUGUAAACUACACUUAUAAGUGUUGUUUCUUGCUAUAGUCUUUUUUUUUUUUUUUUUUUGGUAAUAAUUGUAUGAAAACAAUUAUUUUAUUUUAUGUAAUACAGUGGUUGAAACACUAUGAUCAUUUGUAUAUAUUUUCAAAAUAUUGGAGGACAUUACUCAAAUUUACUAAAAUGUGAUUAUUCAUCUUAUAUAACCCACUAUAUUAUGAAUUACUGAAUUCAUUCUUUAGAAACAUUUAGUUACUACACAUUUCUAAUAUAACAUUGACAUUAAAAGUUGAUGUGAUAUUUGAAUGCUAUGUGCAAUAAAAAGAUGUUAUGAAACUUUCCCUUGGAAUAUGUACUGUUAUCCUACAGUGGGAGAAUGAAAUUAAGGACAUUAAUACUGUUCUAACAAUGAAGACGGUGUCCCUGUAUAGAAAAGGUAGACUGUAUCAUGUCCUCUAUUUAUCACAAACACAGAGAGACUGAUCUGAAGGCAGGAGAGAUUGUCCACAAGAAGUCCCUGAAGAAUGAAUCCCUGACAGGCUACUCAAGGAAUAAAAAAUGGAGACUUCAGAAGUGAACAAACUUCUGGAGGGGCAGACCACUUUUGCCCAGGAAGAAGAUGGACUCAAAAUAUACCACAUUCAUCCAUGGCAAGAAAGAGAAGACAGAGAAAGAGGCUUCCGAGUAUUCUGCAUCGGUGAGCCAUCUGACCAGCCCACUAGAUGCGUGCUGCUGCUGGGGGAGACAGGGGCAGGGAAAACCACUUUCAUCAAUGCUGCCAUCAAUCAUCUCUUCGGAGUGAGGUUUGAGGAGCCUUUCCGCUUACAGUUGAAAGAGGAGACUGAAGACAAUCGCAUGGAGACUGAGAGCCAGACAGACCUCAUUACUGCUUAUACUGUUUACUACAAGGAAGGGAUGAAGCACAAGUACAACUUUGUGUUUAUUGAUACUCCUGGCCUGGCAGACACAAGGGGAGUGCAGCAGCAGAGAGAUACAAGGAGUCGCUUGGAAGCGUUUCUGACAUCAGACUUUGGGGUUGAUGAUUUACACUGCGUUGGUCUUGUUGCUAAGGGAAAUACAAAUAGAGAUUUUGAUUCCCAGAAGACUUUGCUUAAGGAAAUUAUUUCAUUGCUAGGGGAUAGUGUUCCUGAAAUCACUCAUAUUUUUGCCACUUUUGCUGUUGAUAAGCCUAUAGUAGAUGCUGUUAUGAAAAAUGCUGGAGUUUCUUUCAAAAGCAUGUUUCAGUUUGAUAAUGGUGUCCUCUUCUGCUUCCAAACACUCCAAACUAUGGUUUCCCUCAGAUGGAAUGUCAUGACUGCACAGUAUGAAACUUUCAUUGAUGCAUUGAUCAAUGCCCCAUCUGUAAGUGUUAGGAUCCUUAGAGAAAGAAAACUCUUUGACACAUGUAAGAAGAACUUGAAAGUUAAGAUUGAAAAACUGGCCACUUCAGUAGCAGCAAUGGAAAUUGAUAAGAAAAUAUACGUAAAGUAUGAGCUGCAAGAAGCAAAAAAUGAGGGAUGGAUGCAGGAGGAAACUAUAGAGAAAAAGAUAACAGUAGACCUUGAAGAUGGCAUUCAUGCACAUAACUGUCACACAUGUCAGCAGACUUGUAUCUUUCCCUGCUACAACAGUUCUGGCAGCGGCAUUCUGGCGGGUCUGGCUGGUGGGGCGGGUGGAACAGCUGCUGGUGCUGUGAUAGCUAACCUCACAACAAACGUGAUAACCGCUGCCGCUGCCCGUGCUGCUUCAGCCAGGGGCCUUGCAGCAUCAGUUGGGAACAUGGCAGUGCGUACCCUUGGCGGGGCAAUUACAGCCUCAGAAGUGGGAGCCGUGGGGGCUGCUGGUACAUCGGCCUCCCUUGCCAUUGGUGGUGUGUUGGGAAUUGCUGUAGGACUCUUCACCGAAGCCAUGUUUAGCAGGAUGACCAGCUCGUGUGGUGUUAUGGGCGUUGACAGUGUGUGUGGGAAGGACGGCUGCACCCAUCCCCUACCACAGCACGUUAAAGAAGAAAGAAUUAUUGUAAGAGAAAGUGAAGUGAAUAAGAAAAUUGAUAAAGAUAUGAAAGAACUUUACGAUGUAGCCACCUCAAAAAAAUUGGAUGCAAAUGCUAAGAUUAUUAAUGGUCGACAAAAAAUUCUGAGUUACAGGAGAAGUAUUUCUCAUAUUACUGUAGAGCUGAUGUAUCAUGCAAAGAGGGUACAGGAGCUAACUUCACAGCAUUCUGAUUAUAUAGAAGAUGUGACUAGUCAGCUUAUCAAUGAAAUCAGACUGGGUGAGCCUAACAUAAUUCCUUAUGCAGUAAAACAUAUUAACAUUUUAAAAAAAGCUAUGCAGAAACUUACAGAAUACCCAGCUAACCAAGUCCUUGGUAAACACGAACUUGUAGAGGAGAUGCUAGUAAGCGUAUACAGAGAUCACUGACAGACAAGCAUAUACUGCCAGAACCAAGCAUUAAACACUGAGCAGAGACAGGGUACUCAGGCAAGCAGCAGCAGCAACCUCACACUGUGGAGGUGUGUGUGAGUGGUUUGUGAGGAACAACUGGACUUCAAAGAUGCAAUUUGUAAGGAGGAACACUAUUGUUGUGUGAGGAUUGGGGCUGGGCAGUUCUGCAGUGUAGCUUUCUACUGAAAGCUUGCAAAUCUCAUCUUGGUGUUCAUGACAAUUUCAUGGUGAGAGAUACCACUCUUCUUUUAACCCUAGAGGAGCUAUGUGGUCAUAGGUAAGCAGUUUGGGAAAUUAUUUAAUGAAUAUUUUAUGUAAGAAUGUAUAUCAUACAUCAAUAAAAACAACAGCUCUC